AUGCUAGUAGACAAUCUUCCCCAGGACGAACACACCAUUCGUAUCCUCCUAACCACAGAUAAUCAUGUCGGAUAUGCCGAGUCGGACCCCAUUCGAACAUCAGACUCCCACCUCACCUUCCAUGAAAUCACCCAGAUCGCGUCCACCAACAACGUCGACAUGAUAGUACAGGGAGGAGAUCUCUUCCAUAUCACCAAACCCAGCAAGAAGUCAAUGUAUCAUGUUAUGCAGAGUUUAAGAUUGAACUGCAUGGGCGACAAGCCAGUUGAGAUUGAGAUGUUAAGUGACCCAGAAGUACUUGGAAGUUUUGGGGUGAAUUACGAAGAUCCCAAUGUCAACGUGUCAAUCCCAGUGUUUGCCAUCAGUGGGAACCACGAUGAUGCUACAGGUGAGGGUUUACUUCUGGCAAUGGACGUUCUUGCCAUGAGUGGGUUGAUUAACCAUUUCGGAGCCAUCCCCGAUUCUGAAAACAUAACCGUGUCUCCAUUACUCUUUCAAAAGGGCACGACCAAACUUGCUCUUUAUGGAAUGGCAAACGUUCGUGAUGAACGACUCCAUAGGGCUUUUCGUGAUGGGAUAGUCAAGUUUCUUCGUCCAGAUAUCCACACUGACGAAUGGUUUAAUUUUUUAGCUUUCCAUCAAAACCACGCUACUCAUUCAUUCACAUCAAGCAUACCCGAGCUGUUCCUUCCGCGAUUCCUAGAUUUUAUAUUGUGGGGACAUGAACACGAGUGUGUACCAUACCCCGUUCACAACCCCGAGAUGGAGUUUGAGGUAUUACAAGCUGGCUCAUCAGUAGCUACUUCAUUAAGCGAGGGUGAAGUUCCAGACAAACACAUAUUCAUAAUGAGUGUGCGGGGACAAGAUUAUUCGAUUGAGCCAAUCAAAUUAACAACGGUUCGUCCGUUUAUUCUAAAGGUGUUAGAAUUACUGAAGACCGAUUUGAUACCCGGUGCCGCGUCCAAGUCUGAUGUGAUUGAGUACUUGACCUCUGAAAUGGAGUUGGCUAUAGAAGCGGCAAACACGAAAUGGAAAGAACUGAAUCCAGAUAGGACGGAUACACCACCGCUCCCCUUAAUCCGGUUAAAAGUAGAGUAUUCUGGAGGCUAUGAAAUUGAGAAUGUAAAGAGAUUUUCUAAUAGGUUUGUGGGUAAAAUCGCUAAUGCCAAUGAUGCCAUUCAAUUCUUUAAGAAACGACAACCAAGAGAGCAGACACUUAACAGGACAAAGUUCAAUGCUAUUGAAGAGAACACCAUGAAUAAAAAAUCAACCGAGUUGCAACUUCAUGAUAUAAUCAACGAUUUCUUGAAGCAAACGCAAUUGACUCUUAUUCCAGAAGUCGGACUUAAUGAUGCGGUAAAACGGUUUAUCGAGAAUGAAGACAAGACGAGUUUGUCACAAUAUAUAGAAAAGGAGGUUAAACGAGAGACCAAGAUGUUGCUAUCAGUAGACAUAGACGAAGAUCAGUUUCAUAAUGGUGAUGAUGUGAAGGCCAAGAAUGCAUUUAAACAGUUGCUAAAGGAGAUAGCGCCACUGGCAAGUAUUCCUGUGGAGAUUGAUAUUCCAGAUAUUCCAGUUCCAGCUCAAGAAGAAGUACAUCACAUAUUAGAUUCAGAAUCAGAUGUGGAAAUUCUUAGUGAUGAUGAUUGUGCGCCAAAAGCUAAGUCAAGGGCCAAGCCAAAGACCAGAGCUCCAGCUAAAUCGAGAACUACAAGAACGAGAAACAAAAAUUAA